AAGCGCUCUUCGAAAGAUGGCGGAUCAACCGCUCCUCACGGAGGCCAAAAAGAUGGAGUAUUUCUCCUCCAUCAAUUCAAUGGCCCGUAAGAUUAUGGAGGAACGGGAGAAUAUAAAGGAGAGGUACGGCUCGGCUUGGGAUCAGAUGAGUCCGGUGGACCAGGACACGGCGAUAGACGACGGUCUGCUGGAUCCGCGGAUCCGCGCUCGGUACGCGAUGCACCGAGUGGAGCGAGAAGAGCUGGUCUGCUUCCCGAAACUACUGCUCCUCACCGGACAGAAGACCGUGCACUUCGGAGACGAGGACUUAACAUGGCAAGAUGAGCACUCGGCUCCCUUCUCCUGGGAGACCAAGAGUCAGAUGGAUUUCAGCCUCAUCUCCGGCGCUCCAGAACCAUCCGUUCCCUCCUCCGUGACCGAAUCCAAACCCAAGCCCGCUCAGAGCACCAAGCUGCCCAGCACUGACGAGUCCUCCUUCUGGAAGAUCAGCGCCGAGCGCUCGCGGCUGGAGGGCGAGAAGGCCGAGUUUCAGUCUCUGACGCCCAGCCAGAUCAAGUCUCUGGAGAAAGGAGAGAAGCCUUUGCCGUCGUACCUUAAGUCAGAGUCUGAGGAUGUGCCUCCGUCACGGCCGGUUCAGCAGAGAAUCACCAAACCUCACGCCCCUCCUCCCCCCGUUCCCAUCAGCGUGACCCCUGCGGCCAUCAGUGUGACCCCAACACCUCCCGCUCCCGUGUCCUACCCAGAGGAAGGCUGGGAACGGGCUCAGAGCACACUCCCGUCUGUGAGCACUAUGGAUGAUGUGUUCAGUCCUGGUCUGGUCACCAGGUCUUCCUCUCGGUCCAACGGCACAGUCGAAGAUGCCGAGAAGGCAGAAAGCUCACCCACCUCCAGUCCGACCUUCUCACAGUUUAACACAAGCAGCAGUAUCCUGAAGACUGGAUUUGACUUCUUGGACAACUGGUAACGCUUGCAUAUCCUGAAGAACCCCUUCCAGAUCACAGGACCUACAAGCACCACAACCCCAAAACUACCAAACACUAUCCUUUUAAAUCCAAAUGCUUCAGUAGUUUCUUUAUGGUGCAUCAAUAUCUCUGUGAUUGUAGUAAAAUCUUCAUAUGUCAGACUCCAUCUCACUGGUUAGAAGUUACUGAAUGCAUGAGCUAUGAUACACUAGAUAAGAUUUCAAACAGAGCAUAUGUCGAUCUUUGUUUCUUUGGUUGUUUUCACACUUGGUACAUUUGCUGGAGUCAGAAGCCAUUAUCUCUGCUCUCCUGGACCCGUUGGUCUGCUUUCACACCGUUACUGUUAUUAUAAACUUUUUCUACCAAAAGCUGUUUAUCCUGUGUAUCCAGGAAACUAAGUUUGAAAUCUUAAAGUAGCAGAACAAUGUUUUUGUAUUUUGGUUUGGUGUGACUACCAAACUGGCACAAUACACUAAAUCAGUACCAGCCCACUUCUGGAUUGCAUUCACAUCAACCACGAAACAUACUGUGGUUCACAUUAAACCAAACCCCACUUUCAGACUCAAGUAAAAUUCCUUUGCGUGAGGUUUCAGAAGUUUGGAAGAUGUAUUAAUCAAACAAGCCAGAACUCAGUUCCACACUAAAACCACUAGUGUGAAUGCUACAUCAACGUCACUGCCAUAAUUUAUCAUCAAUAUUUAUCUAGACCUCAAUACUAGUGUUAAGAUGCUUCACUGUACAUUUAUUGAUAAGGACACUGUAGUGCUAGCAUGGUUUUGAUGAGAUGACUUGCGCCUUGCUUGUUUUGUAGACUUUUUAUAUGCGUGCUACUUUCAUAGUAUGCUUUGAAGUAAAUCAUUGAUAUUUCUCCUCAUUCUCCUGGAUGGUACUUUCUUUGUCUCUUUCCUGUAGCCCGAU